UAAUUACCUUACUAAACAGAACGCUAUCAGUACGAAGCGUAAAGUUGAUACAAAAUCACGAUAAUUUUUAUUGUAUUUUGAAAAUGGCUGCUGUGGAAUCAAAUAGAGUUGUUGUUUUUAAAGGAAAAACGCACGGCGACUUCAUUUAUGAAGACGAAAUAUGCGUAGCAUUCGAGGUGGAGGGCAAACAGGCGCCUGUUCAUUUCGUUGUGGUUCCAAAGAAGAUCGUCCCUAGUUUGUGUGAUGCAACUGAUGAAGACGAAAUACUGUUAGGUCACAUGCUGCUAGUAGCCAAGAGUUUAGCAUCGGACCGGGGGCUCGCCCACGGCGGGUUCCACACGGUGGUGGAUGAGAACCACCGCACGCGGAGACUGGAAGCGCUGCAUGUCUUUGGGAGGGCGCUGAUGCACAUGCUGUGGCCCACCAGCUUAUCCAGUAGUUAGUAAAUUAUUGAAAAGAUCCGUUAUUUUUUGUUCAAAUAUAAAUGGCGAUUAUUUAUUUACAGCGCCAUCUAGUUAUAAAAUCUGUUAACAAAUACUGUAAGUACCUAAUGUUUAAAAAGUGUGAUUAUUAUAUACCUAUAUUAUUUUAUCAAAAUGAA